GUUAUAAGCUUCAAUACAGAUUAAAUAUAUAUUUUUAAUAAGUAACAGGAAUUAAUUUGUCUGUGUCAAAAGAAAAUGUUAUUUUGGAAAAACAAAAACUAAAGAAAUGAAUUAAAUAAACCUAUUUAUAUUCUCAUCGAUCAAAUAACAAAUAUAUUAAUAUAUUUGUAAAUAUUAAGGGUUGUAACAACCGUUCUUCAAACUUAUACAUAAAUCGACAACCCUUUGUCUUUGUAUAGUCAAUAGGUCUUAAUUCUUAUUAGUUACCGUUCGGCGGCCGAGGCGACAGGCUGUUAGGAAUACGUAUGAAUUAUUAUGAUUCAACGAUACAUUAACGUACUUUGAAAUUGAUAAUAUUAACCGAAUUUCGUAAAUAUCUAUUAAAAAAUUAUGAAAAGUGAAAGAUAAUAUGUUGCUAGUUAUUUCAGUGAUGUAUCUAAAUUGAGAUUAGGUUCGUUUUGAACUAAUUUGAUGUUUAUCUACAGGAUGUCCGGAUUUCUAAAGCACGCCGACAGCCAAACAAGAUAAAUUUUAAUAACAAGAUUUAUUAAAGAAGUGCAAUGAACUCCAAUACACAAGAAUCAGAUUCAAGCACGGAUCAUUCAUGUCCGUUGUGGAAGAGGCUCAGCUGUGUGCGAGCAGCGACUUACUGUAGGAGGAAAUUAAGAAAGGUGGCGCCCGAAGAGGGACUCCGGGUCAAAACGAAGAGCAGGGAUAGCCGUCGCCGUACCCAUCGACCACCCACUGCCUUAUACAACAGGUUCAGCGAGAAGAUGCUGUCCAGUACACCACCAGCUCUUCAAUGUGCGCUGUUCUGUGGGGGAAGACGCUGUCAAUACGAGAGACCAGAGAACUGCAACUCCGCCAUACAAGGCCUGUACUCGGAUUGGGUCACUGACGACAUACUCGCGAUGGCUCGGCCCAGCACAGCGAGCAUCGCCGCCAGAAACAUUAUACAGCAGUUCCACAGUUGGGGUAUCCGUACGGUGAUCAAUCUUCAGACAGCCGGUGAACACGCCAGCUGUGGCCCCCCACUCACCAACUCCGGGUUCACUUACGAUCCCAAUAUAUUUAUGACUAAUGAUAUCUAUUACUACAACUUCGCUUGGCCUGACUACGGCGAGGCGUCUCUCAGCAGUCUACUGGACAUGGUCAAAGUUCUGUCGUUCGCGUUCCAGGAGGGAAGGGUCGCCAUACACUGUCACGCUGGUUUAGGUCGUACAGGUGUUCUGAUCGCCUGCUACCUCGUAUAUGCGCUCCGGAUCAAGGCUGACGACGCCAUCCGAUUGGUCCGUAAGAGAAGGCCCCGCUCCGUCCAGAUGUCUUGUCAGAUCUUCUGCGUACAGCAGUUCCAGCACUACCUGCUUCCGCAGACUGUUGUCUUCAGCUGCAAGGAGCAGUCCCAUCAGACCAAAGAUCCCAGAACGUCAGAGUUCACACUGCGGCAGUAUCUAUACAGACAGAUGGUGACGCUACACGGAGCUGAUGAGAGAGCUUUCAGAGAAAUACCCAAGAUAGUAUAUUGUCUCUGCGAGCGUCUCCUCUAUCUCUGCGGAUGCAGUCAGAACAGCGGUCUGGACCUCCGAGUGAGGAACAGACCAUUCUACAAGAAUUUUAUAAGCCACAGACUCAAACAGAACAGCCCACCGGAAGUCAACGAAGACAUCCAAACCGGACAGGUGACGUCACUUCCGAUGGUUGAAUGGCGGGACCCCGUCGAGGAGGAAGUCGAACGGAACUUGGAGUCAGUCAGUCGGCUGGCAGGAACACGGUCUGGAGUCAUACCAGCUAUACUCGUUUAUGAGGCGUUCAUGACGGAUCAUCAGAGUCUUCCAGAAGAGAGACGGAAACACCUGGAGAGACUGAGAGCUCGCAUCAACCAGAGGAGUGACUUUGAUAAGAAUAUUGAUGAAGAGGAGGAUCCUGUCAUACUGUCGGGCUUGUUGUUUGAGUGGCUGGAAGGUCUGAAGGAACCGGUCCUCGAUAAGAGAGACCUGUCCCUCAUCAUCACCAGCGGGGACCUGGAGACCAGCAUACAGACCUUGGACACGGAGGACGUGAUACUCCUGGAGUAUCUCCUGCGUGUGGUGCUCCGUCUCCGUCCCCUCACAGCCUCUAGGACAUUGGACGUCAUCAGGCGUAUGACGGCGUCCCUCACUCAUCAGACCCUCAUCAUCAACGACACUCGCCUCCCGUCCAAGGAACUUCCAGCUCUAAGAGACGGAACACACCAGCACCUUAUAAACUUCAUGCUGAAAUUCCUUAUAGAAAUACAGAAGGACAUCGCAAGACCCGGAGCUGACGACCUGGAAGUGGUCGCGCCACAGAAGACAUACAGAAUAAAAAAGUGGAAAUGAUGGUUGGACUAA